AUGUGGAGAACCAGGAAGCAGAGCGCUGACAGCGCUAUGCUCAUCGCCAUGGAAACCAAUGCAGAGGACAGCUGGGACCGCGUCACCACGAAUGCACCAGUUCAGCCUCCAGACAGGAGCGUGUUCAGUGACGGAUCCACUGGAGUCGUCGCUGCUGUAAACGAUGUUUCCUCACAGUGUGGAGCAGGUGGAUGUCUCAUCGAUCUGGCUCAGGAGCUGCUGGUCAUCAUGGUGGGAAAACAGCUGAUCAACAACAUCCAGGAGUUCUUCUUACUGAAGCUGAAGUCAUGGUGGCAGAGGAGGAAGCUGAAUCGUCAGACAAAGAAGGAGGAUGAAGAGGAGGCUCAGAGGGAUCAGCAGCAGUACGAGGAGGUUCCUCAGUGGGAGGCCGACUACCAGCUGCAGGUCUGCGGAGGACUGUUCGAUGAAUACCUGGAGACAGUGCUGCAGUUUGGUUUCAUCACCAUCUUCGUGGCGGCGUGUCCUCUCGCACCUCUCUUCGCUCUCAUCAAUAACUGGGUGGAGAUUCGUUUGGACGCUCACAAGUUUGUGACGGAAUAUCGCCGCCCGGUGGUGGAGCGAGCUCAGGACAUCGGCAUCUGGUUCCCCAUCCUGCAGUUCAUCACACACAUGGCCGUCCUCAGCAACGCGUUCCUCAUAGCGUUCACCUCGUCCUUCCUGCCUCGGCUGUACUACCGCUACACCAGAGACAGCACGCUGAGCGGCUUCAUCGACUUCACUCUGGCCACAUCGCCACACGUCUUCAGCCAGCGGCACCACAACGCCUCCUGCAGGUAUCGAGGCUUCAGGGAUGAAAACGGUGAAUACCUGCCAGAGUACUUCCACCUCCUCGCUAUACGUCUGGGUUUUAUCAUCGUCUUUGAGCAUGUGGUCUUCUUCAUCGGCCGCCUGAUUGAUCUGAUGGUUCCUGACAUCCCUGAAGAGGUGGAGAUGAAGAUAAAGAGGGAGCACUACAUGGCUAAAGAGGCCCUGGCUGAGAACCAGUUUUUGAGGGAAACUCUGAUUCUUGGUGAUAAGGACGUCCCAUCCGGUGACUUGCAACAGAAUGGAUCCAGAACUUCUCCACCACAGAGCGACUCCCCUCCACCAAACCUGACGGGGAUCCCAGAGGAGACCAUCCAUCAGGCAGCUGCUCAGGUUAAGUGGACUCCAGCUGCUUCCACAUCUAAGGUCGUCCUCCAGGAGAAGAAGAAGAUCUGCUUCGUCCUCCUCAGCGCCCCCUGGAGCGUCCUCUGUUACUACGCCGAGGAGAUCAGUCUCAGAGUCCCUCUGCAGGUGGUGGAGGCUCCAAACCUGAACUGGUCUGAGGUGGUCCUGUCCAAGCUGUCCCUCCCCAACCCUCUGUCCCAGGACGUCCCCAACCCUCCGGCCGACUUCUACACCUGUCAGUUCAGGACCAACAAGCUGCAGAGGUUUCUGGGCAGCGACCACAAAGAGACCUUCUUCAAGACCACCCAGAGACACCAGGUGCUGUACGAGAUCCUGGCCAGGACCCCGUACGGUUCAGUGAAGAAGGGGGAGGUGGGAAUCGACCGGCUGGCUGGUCUCCUGUUCGAUAACGGAGGAACAGUGUUCCUCAGCGUCUUCAUGUCUCUGUGGGCCGUCACCUUCCUGGAGUACUGGAAGAGAACCUGCUCGACUCUGUCUCACCGCUGGGACUGCUCAGACUUUGAAGACAUCGAGGAGCGACCUCGUCCAGAGUUCACCGCCAUGGCGCCGAUGACGGUGAGGAACCCGGUGACUGGAGCCGAGGAACCCUACUUUCCUGAAAUGAAGCGGGUCAACAGAACCCUGACGGGCUGCAUGGUGAUCAUCAUCAUGGUCGCCGUGGUGCUGAUGUUCGUCAUCGGCGUCAUCAUGUAUCGCACCAUCAUCACCGUCCUCCUCUACAGGAACACCAUCAUCUCAACCGCCUCCGUCAGGAUGAAGCCAGCAGAGCCGAUGGAAGGAGGCGGUCUGUGUUCUGAGCUGACCGUUGUCUCCUCUCUGACCGAGCAGCAGGUGGCAGCAGCGCCUCUGAAGCUCCUCAGUGUUCAGAGAAAAGCAGCUGCUGAAAGUUGA